AUGGAUACUAAAGAAGCAUCUGUGUACUCAGGGGUGUGCACACAGAUCUUUAGAGAGGAAUCUGGGCUGCACCAGAAUAAAGUGUACUGUUUUGUUCAUCUGAGUAUUCAGGAACAACUAGCAGCUCUAUAUGAACACCUUACCUUUCUGAACCAAAUGAAAAAUAGUUGGUUCCCUGGACUUAACAACUUCAUGAGAAAAGAAAUUACUAUCUCAGAUGUACACAAAAGUGCUGUGGAUCAGCUCUUACAGAUUGAGAAUGGACAUUUGGACCUUUUUCUUUGCUUUCUUCCUGGUCUUUCACUGGAGUCCAGUUAG